AUGAUCACAGUUUUCACGGGUGAAGGUCCAUUGGAUGCUGUUUUUGCCGGGAAAAAAGAAAAGAAUCAAAAGGAGGUAUUUGAUCAACAAGCAGCAAUUAAUCGAAAAGAACAGAUUACUUAUACGGCAUGUGGAAGAAAGGUUUGUGAGCUACAGUAUCCAAACUGCAAAGUUUUUCGGAAUCUAUGAAAUUAAUUGAUUUUGAGGAAAAUUACUGAAUAUUCUGAACUUUUGUGAGUUAGCGGAACUGAAAUUUUAAAAUUAAAUAAAUUCUAACUUGAUUAGAGUUUUUUAAUUCGGAAAUUUUCCUAACUAUGUAAUAUGAACAUUGCUCUGAAAUCAUAUCUUUCUUAUUUUCCAGCUUAUAAACGGCGAAGCAGAAGAGAAAAAAGAUGUCGGCUCAAUGUGGAAUAAGACACUUACAGGUGGAAUUGCGGGUCAAAUUAAAAAUGAGGCAACUGAAACAGAAUAUCAGAAAGCAAGACGAUUGUGUGAGUUUUUCAACGUUUUGCGGUUGAAAAUCGUGAUCUACAAAAAAUUAUUGUCUAGAAAACACUACAUUUCAUAUGGUUUUCUGGAUAUUGAGUGGGUGACCUAGAAAACCAAUCUAUUUGGUUUUCUAGGCCACUAGAGAUCGUAUGAUGCACAUAUUCGUGAUCUACGAAAAUUCUGAUUCGGAAAACAGACAAUACCAUACUUUUUAGCUAUCAGUAAAUAAAAACAGACUUCUCGGCUAGAAUUUUGAGUAGAAUUCGAUAUUUUAUGUUUCAAAUCACCAAAUGCUUCAUUUUCAGUGAAAAAUUACACGUACGAUGCGCAAGUGUUCCUGCGUCAACAAUAUCGCCAAAAUCCGACGCCAUUUCAAAUUUUCGCCAUAAUCUUUGCCAUCUUCCUACUUUACAAACUAUUAUUUUGA